AAGCCUCGGUCCCGGUGCUCCCCGGGCGCUCCCUGCGGCGCGGAGCCCGCGGUGACCGCAGCCACCAUGGCACAGGGCACCGGGGACCUCAUCCUGCUCCUCGCCGCGCUCCUCUGGGCACCGGGGCCGUCGCCGACGGUGUCCAUCCACGUGUACACGCAGCGGGAAGUGCACGGCACCGUCGGCUCCCACGUCACCCUCUCCUGCAGCUUCUGGUCCACUGAGUGGAUCUCCGAUGACAUCUCCAUCACUUGGCACUUCCAAGCCGAGGGCUCCCGCGACAGCAUCUCCAUAUUCCACUACGCCAAAGGCCAACCCUACAUCGAUGACGUGGGCAGCUUCAAGGAGCGCAUGGAAUGGGUGGGCAACCCCUACCGCAAGGACGGCUCCAUCAUCAUCCACAACCUGGACUACACCGACAACGGCACCUUCACCUGCGACGUCAAGAACCCUCCGGACAUCGUGGGCAAAUCCUCCCAGGUCACACUCUAUGUCUUUGAGAAAGUGCCCACCCGCUAUGGGGUGGUGCUGGGCUCCAUCAUCGGUGGGGCCCUGCUGCUGGUGGCUGUGGUGGUUGCCAUCGUCUACAUCCUCCGCUCCUGCUGGCUGCGGCGCCAGGCAACGCUGCAGCGCCGGCUGAGUGCCAUGGAGAAGGGGAAGCUGCAGAGAUCAGCCAAAGAUGCUUCCAAGCGGAGCCGGCAGGCCCCCGUGCUUUAUGCCAUGCUGGACCACAGCCGCAGCACCAAGGCAGCGAGCGAGAAGAAAGCCAAAGGAGCUCCGGGGGAGUCCCGCAAGGAUAAGAAAUAG